AUGAUCGAGAGAACUCCGGACGACAUGUCGACCACCAAGCAGCCGUGGAUCGAGACUCCACUCCUCGAGUCCAGUGUCCUUUCCAAACUUGCUGGAUGUCGCAUAUUUCUCAAGCUUGAAAACCUCCAGCCCUCUGGGUCAUUCAAGUCCCGUGGAAUCGGGAACUUGGUGCUCAAAUCGAUCAGGGAGCAGGACCCCUCGGAUACGCGGCCACUACACUUUUACUCGUCGUCCGCCGGGAACGCGGGCCUUGCGUGCGUCACGGCAGCGACGAGACUGGGCUACAGAGCUUCAGUGGUCGUGCCCACAAGCACCGACGAGUGGACGAUCCAGAAACUCUAUGCCGCCGGCGCCACGGAGGUCAUUCCACACGGCGAUAGCUGGUUCUUCGCCGACCAGCAUCUCCGAGAAGCCGUCAUCCCGGGGGCGGAACGGCAUGGAGAAAAGGGGAUUUACAUCCACCCCUUCGACAAUCCAGCCAUUUGGGAAGGUGCGGCCACGAUGAUCGAUGACAUCAAAGCUCAGAUGCCGGACGGGGAGAGGCCAGAUGCCGUCGUCUGCUCCGUCGGAGGUGGCGGCUUGUUCGCCGGGAUCAUGCAAGGACUUGACCGGGUGGGAUGGGGCGACCAGGUUCGCGUCCUCCCUGUUGAGACCCUGGGGGCGGACUCUCUGGCACAGUCCCUCCAACGAGAUGAGCUCGUCACCCUAGCCGGUAUAACGUCGGUGGCGACGUCCCUAGGCGCCAUCCGGGUGGCCAAGCAUGCCUUCAAAGAGGCUCGCCGGCCGACUGUCACCACGGUGGUGGUCGAAGACGCCGAAGCAUGUUCGGCCUGUUGGCGGUUCCUGGACGACGAGAGAUUCCUGGUCGAGCCGGCCUGUGGCGCGAGCGUGGCUCUGGCAUACGACGGAAGGCUGGCGCACUAUCUCGCAGACCUGCGGCCGGACUCCAAGGUGGUGAUUGUUGUCUGCGGUGGAUCCAAGAUCUCCCUGGAUCUAUUGAACAAAUAUCGCCAAACGUACCAGCAAAGGAGCGCGGAACUAGCUUCGGGGUAUGGGGGGAGGGUGGAAGGCUCUAGCGACUGA